GAGGAGGAGGCGCCCGACUACGGCGGACUGCGGUUCCAGUGUUCAGGGACGUGCGGAGGUCCGGGUGCGAGCCCCUGUUUCUCUUCAGUCUGGGGUCGCCCCGUCGCCCCGUCGCCCCGCGGACUGAGGACUCCACGGUCAGGACCUGAUGACUGUGCCCUAGUGUGAGCUGGCCCACAGUGAUGGUCAUUGUCCUCCAGAACAGUGAUGGAGGAAAUACCGGCUCAGGAAGCAGCAGGAUCACCAAGGGUCCAGUUUCAGUCUUUGGAGACGCACUCUGAGGGUCACUCCCCAGAGCUUCAGCUCGUGCAGGACACUGACAUGGAACAGGGACUCACUGGGGCUCCACCUGUUCCCCAGGUGCCUGCUCUUCCCCAUGAGGGAAGCCCAGGAGACCAGGCAGCUGCGCUCCUGACUGCCAGGUACCAGGAGUUUGUGACAUUCGAGGAUGUGGCUGUGCACCUUACUCGAGAGGAAUGGGGAUGCCUGGACCCUGUUCAGAGGGACCUCUACAGAGAAGUGAUGUUAGAGAAUUAUGGGAACGUGGUCUCACUGGGAUUUCCAAUUUCCAAGCCUGAUGGGAUCUCCCAGCUGGAACAAGAUCUACAGGUCUUUGAUCUGGAAACUAAGAAUAGAGAAGUCUUAAGAGAUGACUACUCAGAUGGAGAGACCAGAGAAGAGAACAAGCUGUUGAUUCCUAAGCAGAAAAUUUCGGAAGAAGUACAUUCAUACAAAGUGAGAGUAGGAAGACUCAAACAGGAUAUUGCCCAAGUUCCUGAGACUAGAGAAGUGUAUAAGACUGAGGACAGAUUAGAAAGGCUUCAGGAAAUCCUAAGGAAAUUUCUCUUCCUGGAGAGAGAGUUUAGGCAAAUAACAAUCAGCAAGAAAGCCCUCACCAGUGAAAACAAUGAAUGUAAUGAACCUGAAAAAAGUUUCAGUCUGGACUCUACCCUUGAUACAGGUCAGAGAGUUCUUAGAAUACAGAAUAUUGAUGACAAUGAUAAGUACGACAUGAGCUUCAACCAGAAUUCAGCUGCUGGUAAACAUGAACACAUAAAUCUAACACAGAAUUUUCCGAGUGGUGAGUAUAAGGAAAGCUUAAUGGAUCUCUCCCACCUUAGUAAAUGGGAGAGCAUUCCUGCUGCUGAGAAAUCCUAUAAAUGUGAUGCAUGUGGGAAAACCUUCCAUCAGAGCUCAGCCCUUACUAGACAUCAGAGAAUCCAUACUAGAGAGAAACCCUACAAAUGUAAAGAAUGUGAAAAAUCUUUCAGUCAGAGCUCAAGUCUUAGUCGACAUAAGAGAAUACACACUAGAGAAAAACCCUAUAAAUGUGAAGCAUCUGAUAAAUCCUGUGAAGCAUCUGAUAAAUGCUGUAGUCAGAGCUCAGACAUAAUUCAGCAUAAGAAAAUUUAUACCAGAGCUAAAUCUUAUAAAUGUAGCAACUGUGAAAGAGUCUUCAGUCGUAGUGUACACCUUACUCAACAUCAGAGAAUUCACAGAGAAAUGCCCUGUAAGUGUACUGUAUGUGGCAGUGACUUUUGUCAUACUUCAUACUCAGUUGAACCUCAGAGAGUCCGCCAUGAAGAGAAAUCCUGUGAGUACAAUGAAUGUGGGUUGGCCCAUAUUAAACAUCAAGGAAUUCAUCUCAGAGAAAAGCCUUGUACAUGUAAUGAGUUUGGAAAAGACUUCAGAUUGAAUUCACAUCUUAUUCAGCAUCAAAGAAUUUACACAGGAGAGAAACCACAUGAAUGUAAUGAAUGUGGAAAAGCUUUCAGUCAAACCUCAUGCCUUAUUCAGCAUCAUAAAGUGCAUAGGAAAGAGAAAUAUGAAUGUAAUGAUUAUGAGCCAAGUUUCAGUCAUAGCUCAGAUAUCCUGCAGCAACAAGAAGUCCUCACUAGAGACAAAGUCUUUGGUUGUGACGCAUGGGAAGAGAACUUCGGUCAGAGAGCACACCUUGUUCAGCAUCAAAGAAUUCAUACCAAAGAGAAACCUUAUGAAUGUAAUGAACGUGGGAAGACAUUUAGUCAAGUUCAAGCCUCAUUCAACAUCUGAUAAUUCACACCAGGGAGAAAUCAUGUAUAUACUAAAUAUGGUAAAGUCUUCAGUCAUAGCUCAACCCUUACUCAGCAUCAGAGAAUUCACACCAGAGAGAAACCCUAUGAAUGUGACAAAUGUAGGGAAGCUAUUAGUCAGUGUUAAACUCUUAACUUCUGAAAAGUCAUACCAGUGAGAAAAUCUUUGAAUGUACUGGAUGUAGUAAAUUCUUCAUGCUAUUUUCAUACCUUAGUCGCAAUUGGAGAAUUCAUACUGGAAUAAAAUUCUAUGGCUGAAAUGAAUGUGAAAAAGCUAUCAGUCAAAGAAACUACCUUGUUCAGUACCAAAUUCAUGCCAUGCAAAAGUCUUGAAUGUAAAAUAAAGGUGUAUGUGUGUGAGGAGAUUCAGUCAUAAUUCAGCACUCAAUCAACAUCCAAAAGUCUAUACCCAAGAAGUCAUUGGAGUGUAAUAAAUGUGACGAAUCUUCCAGUAGGAGUUAAGUCUUUGUCACAAUCAGAAUAUCCAUAUCAGAUGAGAAUCUGAUCUAAUGCAAGUAGAAAAAUUUGCCAGCAUAUUUAAGGCUUUACCAAACAUCAAAGUAUUGGAGAGAAAAUUAUUUGUGUAUGAAAUUGUUAAUAUAUACUUCCAGUCUUUUUCAUUGCAGAAAAAUCUAGUCUGAAGGGUGACUUGGUAAAUGUAGUGCCAUUUUCUCAUGGCAUUCUUUUAUUUAAUAUAACUUCUAUGUAGUUAUGUAUAUUUUAUUUAUAGAAUUCAUUUAAGCUAUUUUUAUUUUAAUAUGGCCUAUGAAGAUUUUUAUUUUUCCUGAAAUUGGUUCUUAUUAUUCACAGCUUCCCUAAAAUACCAUUAAUGAACCAGUGUUAAAACAUAACUUCUGAAAAGUAGCUUAUUUAGCUUUUUCUGCUUUUCUUGGCCCAAGAGCUCUCCAAAACAGACUCUUAGGCUUUCUUUACGUCGUAUUCCUUUAAAGCCACACUUGGAUUCCUGUUGAUUUCCCUAUUCUCUUAAGUACUUUUGAGUGAUGGUUUCCUGGUUUUAAGCUUUUCACCAACAGGUAUGCUGUCCCUACUUGAUGUUGCUGGUCUGGUGUUUUACUUCCUAAAGUGAAGCAUUUUCUUUUAAAAGAACUGAAUUUCCACAUCCAGCCCAUCUGUAAGUUUGAAGGAUUUGAGGAUUCAGUAGAGUACUAUGUAGAGCAGGCGUAAGAGUCAGUUUUGGAGAGAACUUGGGCCAUCCCCUUCCUGGCUGCAGCUCGAUUUUCUCCCUGAAACCUUCACAAGAGUCAAUCACUCUUCUUUGUAUUGAUACAAAGGUUGCUUUUCCACAGACCUCUGGAACAAAAGCUGAGUUUGUGGCAGGCAGCUUACCGUUUUCAAGUGAUGCCCAAGUUUUUAGCUGCCUCGUCUCCAUCCACAGCCCUUGAAAAGAGAUAAUAAGGACAUCAAGAGGCCAGCAAGACCCCUGGUGGUCUAGCAAUUUAUUCAGUGCCUGUUCUGCAUGUAUAAGUUUAGAAUUCUUUUCUAUGCCUCUGUUGAAGGCCAGCAAAAUGCUCAGGUCUGCUUUUGAUAGAGCAAACAUAAAGAACAUAAAUGAAAAAAUUAGCUUCAAAAGAAUGUAGCCUUUUAACAAAGAGGUUGCCAUUCUUAUGUAGUAUCUCCAGAGACAAUAAGAGAGUGGCAGGUUUGUUACUGGUAAAAUUUUUAACAUUAUGAUUGCUUCUUUGUUUGGAUCUGCUGCCCAACCCUGCACCCCCAAAAUCUCUCCUCAUCAGGACAGUAUUUGAAGUGCAGAGGCUUUGUGUAUAAUUGUUUAUUCAUCAUCACAUUUUAUUAGAAUCUAUAGACCAAAUGAAAGAACAUGGCUUUUUUGAUUGAUAAGGCCGAUCACAGAUGUUGGCUUCAGAGUUCAGGGUCACCAUCAUAUACCUAGCAAGAGUUCAUGGUUCUUUAGGUGUCAAAGCAUUUUAUUAUAUUUUUCUAUCUUAAGCUUCAUAAAAUCUUGUGAAUAAGAUGAGUGUUACUUAAAAUUCUAGUUGUCAGUCCAGCAAUUGAGGUUCUCAUAGUUCAGAUGUUAAAUUGACUAGGGAUCCUUAACAAAUAUAUAAAAAUUUAUUGCUCACUCUAUAAUCCUCUUAUGGCUAGCCUCUAGAAUAGUUCUGCCACAUAUUUACUUCUUUGCUAUCAACAAACAUAGGAUCUCAUCAGGGCAAGGUAGGGUUCUAAAUGAAAUUGAUAUAUAAAUGAAUUGAUCUAAAUGUAAAGCAAAUGAGAAAUGCAUGUUUGUUUGUUUUUCUGUUAAACUUGUAUACCUUUGCUUAUAGAGACCAACAGUCACCUCGGGUGACUGAAACAGGAUUAAGUAAUCCCUAAGUAGCAGAAUUUGUAAAAAUCACAUGUAUCUAUUUGGUUUAGGAAAGUGCUUUUGUACUUCCACUUGA